GUCGAAAAAACGGUGUGUCCAGUGAAAAGUUAAAUGGCGCUGAUGGGAUUUCGUGGUGUAUUUUCAAUGUGAAAAAUCUCUGUGAAAAUUCAAUCUGUCGUCUAAAAGUGAUGUGUAAUUUGUAAAUUCAUCCUCCACACUAGAUCAUUUGCAUUUUUUGGGGGUGGAGAAGCGUGGUGUUGAGCAAAGAUGGAUAGAAAAGCUGAACUGGAGAGGAAAAAGGCCAAAUUGGCGGCCAUGAGGGAGGAGAAGGAUCGACGACGACGCGAAAAAGAGCAGAAAGACAUGGAGGAAGCGGCUGGAAGACUUGGUGCUGGUCAUGAUAAGGACAAUAGAAGAGAUUUGGAUGAAAUGCUCUCUUCUCUGGGCGUUGCUCCAGUGUCCGAAGUUCUAUCUUCGCUCUCCUCGGUGAAUUCUGCUGCCUCAGAUACUUCUGCCACCCAUACACCAGAUGGUAGCCUCCAGCCGGCCAGUCUCAAUGGUACACAGCCGGCCAGCCUGAAGAAUAGGAAGCCUGUGAAUCUGAGUGUUGUGGCUGUUCAGACAACUAACAUCCCGCCGAAGGAGACUGUUGUCUACACCAAACAAACGCAGACCAACAGUUCCGGAGGACAUGAGAGAGAUGUUCUUUCUUGCCACUCCUCACCAUUAUCAGGAUAUAUGGAGGAUUGGUGGCGUCCAAGAAAAGCUCACGCCACUGAUUAUUACGAUGAAUACAAUCUAAAUCCCGGUUUAGAGUGGGAGGAUGAAUUUACAGGAGACGAUGAAGAAAGUUCCCUGCCACACAUCGAUCAUGGAUUCCACUCCAAGUUACCACCCGGAAUUCUUCCCCAUGGACUUCCCAGGGUUGGCGAAGUGGCUCCAGCUGUUACGCCGCAAGAGCAACAAAAGAAGGAAGUGGAGGAGAAAAAAGAAAUAAUUGAGCUGUCUGAGGAGCAGAAACAAAUGAUAAUUCUCUCUGAGGAAUUCCAAAGGUUUGUCCUCAAGAGUGGCAAAAUUAUGGAGCGUGCUUUGUCCGAGAGUGUGGACAUCUACAAGGAUUAUGUUGGAGGUGGAGACACAGAUGAAGCAACUGAUGAGAAAUCUCAUGCUCGACUCUCACUCAAUCGGACCUUCUACUGUGAUCGCUGGUCAAAGAAUCGCUGUGUGACUUCCAUGGAUUGGUCCACUCACUUCCCUGAACUUCUGGUGGCAUCGUAUCAUAACAAUGAGGAGGGUCACAAUGAGCCAGAUGGUGUUGUGGCUGUGUGGAAUACCAAGUUCAAGAAGAAGACUCCAGAGGAUGUUUUCCAUUGUCAGAGUGCCGUAAUGUCAGCAUGCUUCGCCAAGUUCCAUCCCAAUUUGAUUCUUGGGGGAACGUAUUCGGGUCAGAUUGUGCUGUGGGAUAAUCGUGUGCAGAAGAGGACACCAAUUCAGAGGACACCAUUAAGUGCUACAGCUCAUACUCAUCCGGUCUUUUGUCUGUCAAUGGUUGGAUCCCAGAAUGCCCACAAUGUCAUUUCUAUUUCGACAGAUGGGAAAUUGUGCUCUUGGAGUCUGGAUAUGCUUUCAAUGCCGCAGGAUACGUUGGAAUUGCAGCAUAAGCAGGCUAAAUCCAUUGCGGUGACGUGCAUGGGUUUUCCCAAUGGAGAAAUUAAUAAUUUUGUGGUGGGAAGCGAAGAUGGAUUUGUCUAUUCGGCUUCCAGGCAUGGAAAUCGUGCGGGAAUCAGUGAGAUUUAUGAGAAGCAUUUGGGUCCAGUUACUGGAAUUUCAACGCACUAUAAUCAGUCAAGUCCGGACUUUGGACAUCUCUUUUUGACUUCUUCGAUGGACUGGACGAUAAAAUUGUGGAGUCUGAAGGAGAAUAAGCCAUUGUAUUCGUUUGAGGAUAAUUCAGAUUAUGUGAUGGAUGUUGCAUGGUCUCCGAUCAAUCCGGCUCUAUUUGCCAGUAUUGAUGGGGAUGGGAGGUUGGAUUUGUGGAAUCUGAAUCAGGAUACGGAAGUUCCGACGGCUUCGGUUGUUGUGGAGGCAGCUCCGGCUCUCAAUAGACUUUCUUGGAGUCCUAAUGGGAUGAAUGUGACAGUGGGGGAUGUUGAUGGGAGGAUAUACGUGUAUGAUGUGGCUGAGCAUGUGGCUACACCGAGGGUGGAUGAGUGGACUAAAUUUGCAGCGACUCUCAAUGAGCUGCGGAUGAAUCAAUUGGAUGAAUUUGAGGAGGCUGACAAGAAGACACCAAUUCCGCAGAAUCCUUCAAUCUCCAUCACGUCAUCCAGUCCACAUAUUUAAGAUGGAGCGGGGAGGGGGCUAGUCGCCAGAAACAACUCCUGGGUAUGAAUUUUGAGGUGAUUGAGUUAUUCACGUGAGAAAUUCACAGAUUAUAGGUCGCCAUUUUAAGUGUUUUGUGAAGCUUUCGCAAAAGUGUCAUGCUAAAAACUGACAGCGUCUAUUGCUUUUUGAUGGAUUUUUGACAUUCAGACGAUUUCUUCAAAAGCAAUUUUUGAUAAAAAUGGCUUCCAAUGUGUAGAUGCCUUUCUUGCGAAAGCUUCACAAAAUGCUUACUAAAAGGUUAUCUCGUAGCGAUGAAUUGCUCAUGGGAAUAACUUUACCAUCUCAAAAUUGACACAAUGCAGUGCUAAUCCGUAGAAUAUUAAUUCCCAAGUAAAAAUUGUAAUUUAUUCUAUUCUAAAUCCAUGUCUCAUUUAACCGUUGGUCAUUCAAAUAUACUCUGAUGGUAAAAUUA